GCUUCUUCCAUCUCCAGCCGUGCAGCAGGGCGGAUUUCUUAUUCAAAACAUCCUCCAAGCCUCAAGCCGACUCUGCCAUUUGCUCUAGUCCUGCUCGAAUCAUGGCUGCUCACAAGAAACGCGCUCUGGAGGACGCGUCUGUGAAUCCUAAAAGCAAGAAGACCAAGACCGAGAGCGCGGCAUCGAAGGACAAGGGCGCUGACGUCCAUGCAUCUACCUCGUCAAAUGUUGUGGUUGGAGAAGUUGAUUUUCCUCGAGGCGGCGGAACAAGUUUCACUCCGUUAGAGGUCAAGGCAAUUCGUGCCGAAGCAGCCAAGGAGGCAAAUGACGAGCUAUUCACCGACAAGACGGAAGAACGUAAGAAACGGAAGUCAGCCGUACCAGCCUCUGGGAAGAAGGCAGCCAAAGGGGAGAAGGGAGAUGCAAUCCGUGUCGAGCAUUUGAACUAUAAGCGAGUUGCUCCAGGAAUGAAGGUCCUUGGGCAAAUUGUGUCUAUACAGCCUCUUGCUCUCAUCAUCUCUCUACCCAACCAACUAUUCGCGCAUGUCCCUAUCACAGAGAUAUCCUCUCAACUCACGUCCAUGCUUGAGGCAAUGGACGAGGACGAUGCAUCCUCUUCAUCCGACGGCGAAGAUGCAGCGGAAGGAGUCCCAAAGCCCCGGGUUCCCGAAUUAUUUCAAGUUUUCCGCGUAGGACAGUACGUACGUGCUGUCGUCUCAGCUGUCCACGCGCCCGGUACCACGGAUCCUACUGGUCUUUCUCGAGCUCGAGACGAGAUACAGAAAGCAAGUCGUAGAGUCGAGCUCAGUCUCGUACCGAGCAAAGUGAACGACGGCGUAUCGAAGACCGACCUUCGCACUGGCUUUACGCUUACUGCGGCCGUCAAGAGCAAGGAAGACCAUGGUUAUAUUCUCGAUCUCGGCAUCUCCGAUGUUUCCGGUUUUUUGUCCUUCAAGGACGCCGCGAAGGGACCCUUCGACGAACCUAAGAAUCUUCACAUCGGCGGUCUACUGGACGUCGCUGUCACAAAGACGUCUGGAAAUGGCAGGACCUGCAAUGUCACCGCCGAUUCGGCGACCUGCAGUACCUCAUCGCUCACAGAAGUGACGAGUGUAACCUCCAUCCUUCCUGGCACCCUGGUGCAGUCACUAAUCACUGCCGUGGUCCCUGACGGCCUCAAUUUGCAAGUUCUGGGGUACUUCGGUGGCACAGUUGACCAAUAUCACCUUGCACCGGGUGACCCAGAACAGAACUACAAGGUCGGACAAAAGGUCAAGGCCAGGAUCCUCUACGACAUCAAUCCUUCUAGCCCGCCUCGAUUUGCCUUGUCCUUGGCAGAGCAUCUCAUCCUGAUGGCUCCAAAGAGCGUGGCAGGAUCUAGUCUCCCGGAUGUGUACCCCAUAGGGACCAUGUUGGAUGCGGUGAAGGUCAUCCGUGUCGAAACUGCGCGCGGAUUAGUUGUAGAGGCAUCGGACGACGUGGAAGGUCAUGUCCAUAUAUCUCAAGUAUCGGACGACCACGUCCCGUCCCUGUCAGCAUCGUCUGGUCACUGGAAGAUCGGAACCGUGCACAAGGCUCGUGUCACCGGGUACUUCCCUUUGGACGGAUACCUGCAGCUCUCCUUCCGGCAAUCAGUUCUCCAACAGAAGUUCCUGCAGGUCGGCGAGGUGCAAGUCGGCGAGGUUAUCAAAGGCACAGUCAAGAAACUGACGGACUCAGCGUUGUUCGUAUCCAUCUCGGGCACGGUGGACGGUGUCAUCUGGCCAAACCACUACGCCGAUAUUCCAUUGAAGCACCCUCAGAAACGCUUCAAACCUGGCGGGACUAUUAAGUGCCGAGUCCUCGUUGUCGACCCGGAACGUAGACGGAUUGUCUUGACUGCGAAGAAGACACUAAUCGACUCUACUCUACCGAUAGUGUCGGGGCUUGAGGAUGCGAGGGAAGGGCCCAUUACCCAUGCAGUCGUCUUCAAAGCUUCAGACAAGAGCGUCCAGGUCGAAUUUUACAACAAUCUGAAGGCCAUCGUUCCGGCGCGUGAAGCGAGCGAGACCGCGGUUGGUUCUCUGUCUGAAGCGUUCCCGGUCGGCAAGCCGGUGAAGGUUAAGAUUCUCUCUGUUGACAACGAGAGUUCUCGCAUCCUUGCCAGUAUUCGACAGGCAGCGCCGAACUUCAAGGCAGCCAUCACGGACAUCAGCGGCGUCGAGAUCGGAGACUCUGUUGAGGGUGUUGUUGCUGAGAUACAAAAGGAGAAGGUCGUUGUGAUCUUGCAACCGACGCAAGUCCGCGCCCUACUCUCGCUCAAUAACCUGGCCAACAAGCGGGGAGUCUCCGCGGCGCAGCUUCGGGCGUCAUUGAAGGUCGAAGAGAAGCUGCAGGAACUCGUUGUCGUAUCCCGGAACCCCGACAAGGGAAUCGUACUGGUUGCUACCAAGCCUAAGGAGAAGGAUGUCUUGCUGCACAAGAGUUCGCUGAGUCUGGAUACGAUCCAGGUUGGUCAGCUUGUCGGUGGUCGGGUAAUUCGUCACGGGCGACAGGGCGCCCUCGUCAAGUUGACGAACACCAUUUCCGGCACACUUCACCCCACUGACGUUUCCGACGACUAUGAAUCAGGAGCACCCUUCCCUCCCGUUGACGCUAUAUUGAAGGCAGUUGUACUCGCCGUCGAUAAGGAGAAGCGGCAGCUGACAUUGUCCACUCGACUUUCGCGCAUGCAUCCCGACCAGGACAAGACUGUCGUGGACAAGGAGAUCAAGGAUCUGAAUAAUCUCAAGGUCGGCGACACUGUUCGCGGAUUCGUCAAGAACGUCGCGGAUCAUGGUCUUUUCGUCAUGCUUGGUCGUAACAUCGACGCGCGCGUUCAGAUCAAGGAACUGUUCGAUCAGUACGUGAAGGAAUGGAAGAAUCAUUUCUCUGCGAAUCAGCUUGUCAAAGGACGUAUUCUGAGCAUCAACCGCGAGAAGAAACAGGUUGAGAUGUCGUUCCGUUCCGGUGAUCUUCAAAGAGACAUGCGUCCCAGUGUCACUCUUGCCGACCUGGCUGAGGGCCAGAAAGUCGACGGCCGUGUUAAGAAAAUCGAAGACUACGGUAUCUUCGUCGAGAUCGAAGGCUCUAAAGUCAGUGGGCUGUGCCACAAGUCUGAGCUCUCCGAUAACAAGGAUGCGGACGUUACGUUAGCCUUGCGAAGCUUCCGCGAAGGCGACCAUGUAAAGGCUGUCAUUCUCUCAAUCGAUACCGAGAAACGACGAAUCUCUUUUGGUCUCAAACCUUCCUACUUUGCCGAAAGUGACUUCGAGAUGAGCGAAUCUGAGGAGGACGCCCAAGAGGAUGGCGCCGAUGACGCUCUUGGAGUUGUAGACGAUGAAGAUGCAGAGAUGCACGCGUUGGACGUGGCACACUUGGACCAAUCUGCAUCAGAUGAAGACGACUCCGACGAUGAGUCCCAAUCCGAUGCUGAUCAGGGUGUCAUGGACGUUGACAUGAACAUCGACGCCGACGAUCGGCGACGCAGCUCUCAGGCGAAGACAGGCACCUCAAAUGCUCUCUCAUUGUCGCUCGAUCUGAAGGAAGGCUUUCAAUGGACGACUUCCCAAGACCUUGAGUCCGACGUUGGCAUGUCUUCAUCAGACGAUGACGAAGACGAUGGACAGGAACGCAAAAAGAAGAGACGAAAGCGUAAGGAGAUCGAACAGGACCUCACAGCGGACAUGCACACAAAGGUCCCGGAGUCCAACUCUGACUUCGAGCGAGUCCUUCUCGGAUCACCGAAUUCUUCUUAUCUAUGGAUCCAGUAUAUGUCUUUCCAGUUGCAGAUAUCCGAAGUGGAUAAGGCACGAGAGAUUGCCAAACGGGCGCUGCGAACCAUCAACUUCCGCGAGGAGCAGGAAAAGCUCAACGUGUGGACUGCUCUGCUCAACCUCGAGAAUGUCUACGGGACCGACGAAUCCCUCGAAGCGGCGUUCAAGGACGCGGCGCGGCACAACGACUCCAAGACGAUUCAUCUGCGCAUGGCUGCCAUCUUCGACCAGAGCGGCAAGUCUGAGGCAACUGAGGAGAUGUACAAGCGCACUUGCAAGAAAUUCGGGCAAAGUUCGAAGGUCUGGACUCUCUUUGGAGAACACUACCUGAAGCGGGGCAAGCUGGAGGAGGCCCGUAAGCUGUUGCCGCGUAGUCUGCAGAGUCUGGAGAAACGGAAACACCUCAAGACGAUCUCGAAGUUUGCCCAGCUUGAGUACAAGUUCGGUGAUCCAGAGCGUGGCAAGACAGUAUUCGAGGGCAUUGUCGACUCCCAUCCGAAGCGAUGGGACCUGUGGUCUGUUUACAUAGAUAUGGAGGCAGGACAGGGCGACAUAAUGAGCGUGAGAAACAUACUUGAUCGGGUGCUCUCUCUCAAGAUGACCAGUCAUAAGGCGAAGGCGUUCUUCAAGAAGUGGCUUGAAUUAGAACGUCGUAUUGGUGACGAGGAAGGUGCAAAUGCUGUCAAAGCGAAAGCUAUUGAAUGGACCCAGCGCGCUGCGGGGUCGUCAUGAGCGAAUUAGUACAGCAUUCAUAUUCGAAGCGCUAGUCUAAUAUUUUACCGAGGAAUAUACCACGAGACAGCAGUUGACAGAG